GGUCCGCUCAACAUAGCUCACUGCCGUCGGCACACGCGCUGCAGGGCUCUUUAAGUUGAGGCACGCGCUCACGUCGACUGUGAGCACGCCAACGUCCCCCUUGCCGAAGCGGACCGCAGCCAUAUUGCAACCUAUUGUCAGAGUGCUCGAAGUGUAUUGCAAGUUUUUCUGUAGUGUCGGAGGACGGCCCGCGGAAAAAGUCAGCGUAUCUUCUUCGUCGAGGCGGUUCUUGCUCUCGAGAUGGGCCCGCAACAGGAGCCAGGACGCAGGCGACCGCUGCCUUUGAAAGCCCUGAAUCACGUCAGCCGUUGCUGCGAGGACGUCGCGAGGAGUUUCGCCUUUUACACGGAUGUCCUCGGCUUCAUCCCGGUCAAGCGUCCUACCAGCUUCGAGUUUGAGGGCGCCUGGAUGUUUAACUACGGCAUCGGUCUGCACCUCGUCAAGGGCAACCCGGCACCCCGUGACUCCAAGAUAGAGCCCAAGACGUGUCACAUAAGCUUCCAAGUGUCCAUCAGUCUGGAGGAGAUGGAGGCGCACCUGAAGGAGUGGGGCCUGGACUACGUGAAGCAGGUGUUCGUGGAGGACGGCGUGGAGGUGGGGCAGCUGUUCUUCCACGACCCCGAUAACAACAUGAUCGGUUUCGCACAGUACCAUAUUGUUAGCCGCCACAGGGCAAGCGGUCCCUGUUACCUGGGCGACCUGGCAUCGAUAUUGAUCACUCCUGACUCGCUUCUCGCCCUGUUGUGUGCCCAGGUGUGCAACUGCCAUGAGCUGCCGGUGGUGCCGCUGGCGGAGGGACUGCUCGCGUGCGCCAACGUCGCCGCCAUCAACUCCGCCGCAGCGGUCGCCGCCGCCACCGCAGUUGAGCUCGCCGCCACACCCGGCGACGCCGUGAGCUGCCUCGCAGCGGCCCUGACCGAAAUGCCCGCACUCAUGGCCGCGCCGCCUGCUGCGGCUGCCGCUGCGGGCGCCGCCAUCACGAAGGAGAUGCACGAGCACGUUGCCGCUAGCAGCAGCGGCAUUGUGCGCCACGUCGCCACUGCACCAUCGACUGCCGACACACCGGACCCGGCCGCCUCGCCCAAGAUGCCCCUCACGCCGCCCAGCUGCGACGCCACCACCGCCGUCGCCGCCGCCGUGCCAACUGCCAUCAUCACCACACAGGCCCAGGCCACCGCCGCCGCGCUGCCGCCGCCGCACCUGAACAGCACACCCGCCUCUCACCUGCUGGCGGACGAGGCGGGCAGCACCUGCAGCUGCAGCCUGGACAGCGAGCUGCAGGAGCCCUGCGGCGCCGCCGAUGACGCCAGCAGCUCCGCCGCCUGUGGCAGCGUGGCGGGCGGCGGCCCGCGCCGCAGCCACAGCUUCGGCAGCUCCAGCAUGUUCUCAGGUUUCUCAGGCAGCCUGGCCUCCGUGUCCAUGCCGUCCGGCCUGCUGGUAGCCAGCGUGCGCGAGGCGGCGGCUGCCGGCCGCAGCCGCAGCGUGCGCGUCUCGGAGCUGGACGAGUGGCUGAGCCUGCUGGGCACGGUGGCGUCAGAGCCGGUGCCGGCAGGUGUGAAGGAUGCGGGCGCGUCGGCGUAUGCGUACCUGGCCUCGCCGGCGGGGGCGUCUGAGCUGGUGGCGACGCCGCCGGGGCUGAGCGGGCUGUCGUGCAUGGAGCUUGGCACGGGCGGGGGCACCGCUGCCGUGGCGGCGGCGGCGGUUGCGGAGCGCAAGCAGUGCGGCGAGCAGGCGAGCCAGCUGCAGCAGCAGCACAUCUACUCGCAGUACCUGCGCCAGCGGCUUGCCGUUGGUGCCUCGGCGGCGCCGGGUGCCGGCGCCGGCGGGCCGAAGGCGGGCAGCGGCGCUGGGGAGGCCGGCGACCUGCGGAAGCACAAGAUGCAGGAGCACGCGGCCAUGGUCGGCGUGAUCAGCGCGAUGGGUAGCGCCGGCACGGCCGCUAGCGCGACGCCCACGGCAGUGCUGUGAGCUAUGGGUGGCUAGCAGAACCCGAGGGCAGGCAGUCGACAACAGCUGCGCAAAGGGAGAACUUGCAUUGAUACUCGGGAUAGAAUGCGCACGCACGGCCGCUGAAACAGCGGCUCGGACAGCUGCGUACUUCUUAUCCACAGAACCAAUGCUAUGUUCAACACUUCACGGAUUGAGGCGGGGGUAAAGGUGCAGCGGCGGGAAGGCGCCGUAGGAUGUCGCCAGCACUGCAGGCGGCAAAGGCUUAAACACCAUGCGCGGCUUGCAGGUUGUGUGGGGGUAUAAAUGUCUUGUCGUAUCAAUGAUUGCCCGAAGUUUACUCCUUACAGUUGAUACGGACUAGUGCAUUCGCAGUGUGGUCCCCCCGUGUAGAGUAGUCAUCAUUGAAGAGGCCUCAUAGUGUAUCUCACAUAUAACAGCGUGGGAUUUGGCUUGUAAGUGUGUAGGUUAGUAAGCGCGUGUGCUCUUUAGUGUGAUUAUUUAGUGGCACUGAGUGCUGUGUUUUGUGGGGCGGGUCGUAUGCAUCUUCCAAGGAGGCGUGCGCGCGCAGAUUGCGUGUGCCAGUUCACUCGGUUGGCGGGGUCUGCAAGAGUGCGUUUUGUGGGCUUUAGGACGUCCAUGAUGAAUGACUGUGCAUCGCUUGCUGGUCGGGCCACUGAGGCGCAUGGCUGCGGUAAGGCCGGGGCCCUGCGGCAGUGGCGGACCACCAGCGGGGGGGACUGAAAAAUUAGAAAUGUGAUUGCGGGGCUGUCGUUUUUUGAGACCAUGUUGCUCGAAGUCACGCGUGAACAUACGGCCGUGCCGAUUCUUCUGCAUGCGCUGUGGUCGGCGGUCCGGCCGGCAGACUGGUUGCGUCAUUGCUGGCUGUGUGCGGCGGUUGCUGCCGGCCGGAUGCGCUGAUACACUGGUGGUCAGUUCCGGGAAGGUCCGUGGCGACUUGGGGCACCUGUGAUGGUCAAGGUGUUCCCAGAAUGAAAUAGUAGGCCAGCGUUACAGCGCGGGCAUGGCACUGGAAAGAGGAGACGAGGCGAUGGACGGGUGCGGAGCGCGGACAGGAGGGGAGGAACUGGGGUUGUGAAAGGGUUUUGAUUUUGUGGGGGGUGGGGUGGAGGUGGAAUGGGCGGUUGGCGUUGCCAAGCCGGGGCGUUAGCGGGGCAACAGAUAGGCGUUGGUGGCACCGGGUAAAUUUCUGUUCGUACGUUGGCGGGCCGUGCGCGCGCGCGCGCGCGCGUGUGUGUGUGUGUGUGUGUGUGUGUGUGUGUGUGUGUGUGUGUGUCGAAAAUACCUACGGCAGGAAAAGAGACUGGAAGAGUCAAGCGCAAGAAUUACCGGUAGUUGAGGAGCAGGGUGGGCUGCCAUACACGGCUGCCUGGAUUGCUGAAGAGUGCUUGCGUGGUGUAAUGAUGCCAGUACGACGCCAAGCGGCCACGUGACUACUUGCAGUACCGUAUAUCGGAUGCCGGGAGGCCCCUGCGCACACGUACCAUAGGACGGGCCUACCCGCGUGCUAUUGAGUGCCACCUGCGUUACGUCAGCGGCACCCGGGUGCUCGGCUGCACGCCAGCUUCAUGCCUGGUUGCGGACGCCACGGCUGAGCACCGAGCAGGGUGCGACUGUGCACCAUGGCGUGACAUGAGCAUGAGCAUUCACAUGGGUUCGAGUCC